AUGGGGAACAAGGUCCUAGAGAGACCCCACGGCUCCUUGGAAGAGGUGUUCUUUCUACGGGCUAACACUGCACAUCUGCUUCUCUUUCAGAAAACACCACGAAUUUACUCUGUAGAGCUCAAUGGAGCUAAAGACAUGGAGCAAACAGACAAGGGAGAUGACAAGAAGUACAGGGGCCUACGGGAGAACUGCUUGGAACUCAGAAAGAAUCACCAUAAAGAAGAGCUGAGGAAAGAAGUUGAUCUGGAUGACCACAAGCUCAGCAAUAAGGAAUUAGAAAAUAAAUAUCAUACAAAUAUCGUUACGGGUCUCUCCAGCACCCAAGCUGCUGAGCUCCUUGCUCGGGAUGGGCCCAACACCCUCUCUCCUCCCAAGGAAACACCAGAGAUUAUCAAGUUUCUGAAGCAGAUGGUGGGGGGUUUCUCCAUCCUUCUGUGGGUGGGAGCCAUCCUGUGCUGGAUUGCAUAUGGGAUCCAGUACUCUAACGACAAAUCCUCAUCUGUAGACAAUGUGUACUUGGGCACCGUGCUCGCUCUGGUCGUCAUUUUAACAGGGAUCUUUGCUUACUACCAAGAGGCUAAGAGCACCAACAUCAUAGCCAGCUUCAGUAAAAUGAGUCCACAGCAAGCACUUGUCAUUCGAGAUUCAGAGAAGAAGAUCAUUCCUGCAGAGCAGCUGGUGGUGGGGGACAUAGUGAAGAUUAAAGGAGGGGAUCAGAUCCCUGCAGACAUCAGGCUGCUGUUCGCCCAGGGAUGCAAGGUCGACAACUCAUCUCUCACUGGGGAGUCUGAGCCCCAGCCCCGCUCCUGUGAGUUCACCCACAACAACCCCCUGGAGACAAAGAACAUUGGCUUCUAUUCUACCACCUGCCUGGAAGCUGAGGACUUUUGGAAUAAAAUGUCCAUUUCAAUUGUAGGCACAGCGACUGGCAUGGUCAUCAACACGGGUGACCGCACCAUCAUUGGUCAGAUCGCCUCACUGGCUUCAGGAGUCGGGAAUGAGAAGACACCCAUUGCCACCGAGAUCGAGCACUUUGUUCACAUCGUAGCAGGAGUGGCCGUCUCCAUUGGCGUCCUUUUCUUCAUCAUUGCAGUGUCCAUGAAGUACCAUGUUCUGGACUCCAUCAUUUUCCUCAUUGGUAUCAUUGUGGCCAAUGUGCCUGAGGGCCUCCUGGCCACUGUCACUGUGACUCUGUCACUGACAGCAAAACGGAUGGCCAAGAAGAACUGCCUGGUGAAGAACCUGGAAGCAGUGGAGACGCUGGGUUCCACUUCCAUCAUUUGCUCAGACAAGACAGGGACUCUGACUCAGAACAGAAUGACCGUGGCCCAUCUGUGGUUCGAUAAUCAGAUCUUCGUGGCUGACACCAGUGAAGACCAUUCCAAGCAAACUUUUGAUCAAAGCUCUGGAACCUGGGCUUCCUUAUCAAAGAUAAUUGCAUUGUGUAACCGAGCUGAGUUCAGACCAGGACAGGAAAGUGUCCCCAUCAUGAAGAGAGUUGUGGUUGGAGAUGCCUCAGAAACUGCUCUUUUGAAAUUCUCAGAGGUGGUUUUGGGUGAUGUGAUGGACAUUAGAAAAAGAAACCACAAAGUAGCAGAAAUCCCUUUUAACUCCACCAACAAAUUUCAGCUCUCCAUACAUGAGACAGACAACACCACUGACAAGCGCUUCCUCAUGGUGAUGAAAGGGGCUCCUGAGAAGGUCUUAGAGAAGUGCAGCACCAUCAUGGUCAACGGCCAGGAGCAGCCUCUGGAUAAGAGCACAGCUGAGGCCUUCCAUACUGCAUACAUGGAGCUGGGAGGUCUAGGGGAACGCGUGCUGGGUUUCUGUCAUCUCCACCUGCCAGCAGACAAGUUUCCAGAAACCUAUUCCUUUGAUGUCGACACCAUGAAUUUCCCCAUGUCCAAUUUGUGUUUUGUGGGGCUCUUGUCAAUGAUUGAUCCUCCUCGGUCCACUGUCCCAGAUGCAGUCACCAAAUGCCGGAAUGCAGGGAUCAAGGUCAUUAUGGUUACAGGUGAUCAUCCAAUUACAGCUAAAGCUAUUGCCAAGAGUGUAGGUAUCAUUUCAGCCAAUAGUGAGACUGUGGAAGACAUUGCAAAACGCCUCCACAUUCCUGUAGAGCAAGUUAACAAACAGGAUGCUAAAGCUGCAGUGGUAACCGGCAUGGAGCUGAAGGACAUGAGCAUGGACCAGCUGGAUGAGGUCUUAACCAGCUACUCGGAAAUUGUCUUUGCCCGAACAUCUCCCCAGCAGAAGCUGAUCAUUGUGGAGGGCUGUCAGAGGCAGGAUGCAGUUGUCGCUGUGACUGGGGAUGGAGUGAAUGACUCUCCAGCUCUAAAGAAGGCAGAUAUUGGGAUUGCCAUGGGGAUAGCAGGUUCAGAUGCUGCCAAAAAUACAGCCGACAUGGUCUUGCUGGAUGACAACUUCGCAUCCAUAGUUACUGGGGUGGAGGAAGGUCGCCUGAUCUUUGACAACCUCAAGAAGACCAUAGCGUACACCCUGACCAAGAAUAUUGCUGAGCUGUGCCCCUUUCUGAUCUACAUCAUCAUUGGAAUACCCCUGCCCAUAGGCACCAUCACCAUCUUGUUCAUUGAUUUGGGCACAGAUAUCGUUCCUUCCAUCGCCUUGGCUUAUGAGAAAGCUGAAAGUGACAUUAUGAACAGAAAGCCUCGCCACAAGAAGAAAGAUCGACUGGUGAACAAGCAGCUUGCCCUAUACUCUUAUCUCCACAUCGGCCUCAUGCAGUCCCUGGGAGCUUUUCUUGUGUACUUCACCGUGUAUGCACAGGAGGGCUUCAGACCCAGCAUCCUCAUUAACCUCCGGGUGGAAUGGGAGCAGGAUUCUGUGAACAACUUGGAAGAUAGCUAUGGACAAGAAUGGACACAUUACCAGAGGAAGUACCUAGAGUGGACAGGCUAUACAGCUUACUUUGUUGGCAUUAUGGUUCAACAAAUAGCAGAUCUGAUCAUCAGGAAAACCCGGAGGAACUCCAUCUUCCAACAGGGCCUCUUCAGAAAUAAAGUCAUCUGGGUGGCGAUUGCCUCCCAGAUCAUCAUCGCUCUGAUCCUCUCCUACGGUCUUGGAAGCAUCACAGCCCUGAAUUUCACCAUGCUCCAGCCUCAAUACUGGUUUGUGGCUGUGCCCCACGCCAUUCUCAUCUGGGUGUAUGAUGAGGUGCGGAAACUUUUCAUCAGACUCUACCCUGGAAGCUGGUGGGAUAAGAACAUGUAUUAUUAGGACCACCCACUUCCUCAGGCCUCCUGCC